UGUGUGUGUGUGUGUGUGUGUGUGUGUGUGUGUGUGUGUGCUGUCGCUCUCUGCUCUGUCUCGAGCUGCUGUCGGGCUGUUUUUCCUCCGGACUCUGAUUGAAGGACAAUGCCCCCCUCAAGCAGCAGAACUCCCUCUGCUCCUCUUCAAGAUUAUUACCUGACAUGAAGGACUGAAGGCUGAGGACGCAGCACCCCCUGCUGGACUCCUGCUACAGCUGCAGGCCAUGGCUGAGCCCAGCUACUCUGACCUGAUCGCCAAACACUACAACUACACCGGCAAGUUCCGCAAGACGCAGCAGGACUCGGGUCUGAAGGCCGACUCUGUGGUCUUCAUCAUCGUGUGCUGCUUCAUAAUCCUGGAGAACAUCCUGGUCUUGACCACCAUCUGGCGGACCAAGAAGUUCCACAAGCCCAUGUACUACUUCAUCGGGAACCUGGCGCUAUCCGACCUGCUUGCCGGCGUUGUCUACACCGCCAACAUCUUGCUGUCGGGUGCCAACACGUACAAGCUGACACCCACGCAGUGGUUCUUCAGGGAGGGUAGCAUGUUUGUGGCGCUGGCGGCGUCCGUCUUCAGCCUGCUGGCCAUCGCCAUUGAGCGCCAUCUCACCAUGCUGAAGAUGAAACUGCACAACAACGGCAACACCUGCCGCGUCUUCCUGCUCAUCAGCACUGUGUGGAUGAUCGCGGCGGUGCUGGGCGGCCUGCCGGUGAUGGGCUGGAACUGCAUCCGGAGCAUGACGCAGUGCUCCACCGUGCUGCCGCUCUACCACAAGACCUACAUCCUGUUCUGCACCUCUGUCUUCAGCAUCAUCCUCAUGGCCAUCGUGGUGCUCUAUGCUCGCAUCUACGCACUGGUGCGCACUCGCAGCCGCAAACUCGUCUUCCGCAAAGUGUCCAACGGCCGUGGCAACUCUGGUGCCAACAUCAAGAGCUCGGAGAAGUCGAUGGCACUGCUGAAGACCGUAAUCAUCGUCCUGAGCUGCUUCAUUGCCUGCUGGGCACCGCUCUUCAUCCUGCUGCUGCUGGACGCCGCCUGCGAAACCCUGAGCUGUCCGAUCCUGUACAAAGCAGAGUGGUUCCUGGCGCUCGCCGUUCUCAACUCUGCUAUGAACCCGCUCAUCUACACGCUGACGAGCAACGAGAUGCGUCGUGCGUUCCUCAAGACGCUGCUGUGCUGCACCGCCUGCAUCCGGCCAAGCGGCAAGUUCACAGGGCCAAUCAUGGGGGCGGAGUUCAGUCGCAGCAAGUCAGAUAACUCCUCCCACCCCAACAAGGAGGAGGUGGAGCAUUCACCAAGGGAGACGACGGCGGCGUCCUCAGGGAACGUCACGUCAUCCUAAAUGCUCGGCCGUGAGUGAAUUGUAGAGCGUCAGACGUAGAGUUGGUGUUUGUACAGGAAACAGGUGUGAAUGGCGCCCAGUGGCGUCGUCAUGGACCGAUCUGAACCCGCAGCUGAUCAGGACUCACAGCACUUAUGGAAACUUUCUAACUGGUUAAACUGGGACCAGUGAACCCUCAGGUAGAGAGGGUCCACACUUUGUAAGAAGCUCUCACCUGUAACAUGUCAUCGAGUCAGUCAGGACGCAUCAACACACCUUCAGGACGGCCGGCUGGUUUAACUGCUGGAUCUCUGGAGGAUUUCAGCUUCAUCCCACCUGCUGAUGUGGAUCACGGUAGUUCUGGUCCAUUCAGGGCUCAGAAUCAAGUCCUCAUGAUGCUGGACGGUUUCCCUGACUGGGUCUGAAAGCACGAUGAAGGUUUAGAGCAGCUGUAAUGAUGAAGACAGAUCUGAGCUUCAGAGAAAGCGUUACUGAUCCUCGUAGAAGAACAAUCCGACUUUUUACUGACCCUCUAAGAUCAACUAGACCCUGUAGCACUUAAACACACAGCCGUCCAAUAUUUAAGAAAUGCAAGUUAAUUCAUUUUUUCCUCCACCUCCCUUAAAGAAAUCACAUGAUUUCAGAGCUCAGGUGCUUCUCAUGAACUGAAGGUUUGCCAGAAUUUAUAUUUAAAAUUUCUGUUUGAAAAAGAAAGAAAGGCUCAGAGAAAAGCUGCAAAAUCAAAACUACGUAUGAACAUUCCCACCGUCCUGAAACUAAACCCGCGUCCACGUCGGCAGCUCACGCUUGGAUUUUAUGCAGAAGAAGAAGGCGAUGUGCUGAAACACUGAUUUUUAAACAAAUGCAUCUAAUGUCUCAAAGAAGCACCUGAACUUUGAAUUUGUGUUUUUUAUGACAUGUUUGUAAAAAGUUAACUGUGUAAAAGUUGUAGAAACUGUUGGUCAGAAUGUAUUUUCUACUUCCUGUCUGUACUGUUCCUGUCGGUGGUGACGUCAUUGUAGUUGAAUUAAUUUAUAUUUGAAACCAGGAAGAAAAAACAGCAUUUUGCUUGUCAGAUAAAUGAAAAAAGGUUAGGUUAGGGUUAGGGUUAGAUGUUUCAUGAAAUGUUUCAGAAAUAUGGAAGCUCAUUAAUGCCAAGAAGAAAUAUCAAAAGAUAAAAUAAAGUGAGGAACAAUUAAAAAAUAAAACCGUCAAUAGUGUCUCAGAAUUAAAACAAUGUUUAUAUUUAGAGAAAAAGAUUCAAAAUUUGUUCUUGACCUUGAAAACAAGUAGAGAAAAUGAAUCUCACCUUCUGGAGCUUUUGAUCAUCACAUGAUCUUUGUAAGCAGGUACAAACUCUUUAAAGCCAACAUGGAUGAGAAGUCCUGAAAGUGCUCAGAAAAAACAGGAAAAAUCUACAAUGACAGCUGCAAUAACUCACGAGGAUCAUGUGAUGUGACUGAGAACGCCAGGACGUCCUCUGAAAGGAACUCACGGUGAACUCAGAUGACUUACCAAGUAAAAACUGAUACUAAGCAGGUCAUAUUUUAGACAAACUGAUUUGUAUUUUUGCUGCUCAGAA